AUGCGUCUGGGAGUCAUCCUGGCUGCUACUCCGCUUCCUCUUUCUUCGGAAGCACCACUCUUGGCCCAUUGCAUCACAGCCGGUGUGCCGCGACCCUCCUCCACCCAGUGCGCUUUCUCUCACUCACUCAACAUGAAGCCAGGUUAUCCACGACAACGGCGUACACCAUCUCCGUUGAAAGCACUUAGUAACCCAUAUUCGGAUCUCAUCAGUUCAAAAAAGACUGGCAUCCGAAGACCAAUGAGAUCUAUAAUGGAUACGCAAUUGAUGCUUUGUGACGAGAUUUUAGUGUAA